CCCUACCGUGAUUUAGCAGGUACUUGCCUUCAGCCUUCAGCAAAGGGAAUCCCGAUUGGUUGCGACCGCUUCCGACUUCCGAGUGAGAGCCCCACCCCCUCGAUCUGCGCGACCCCGGCGGCGACGAGCCCUCUCCGGCGGCCGCCACGCCCGCGGCUCGCCGGCGAUGAUGGCCGGCCGCGCCCACGGCCACCGGAACCGGCUCCGCCGCCUCAUCCCGCGGGUCCUCCUCAUCAUCUUCGCCGUCUACGCCGUCUCCUUCGCGAUCUACCUCCUCCGCCAGCCCCACCGCCCGCCGCCGCCCGACCCCACCCUACGAACCGACGUCCGCGACGGCUUCCGGGCGCCGCCGUCCUCCCAGAAGCCCUGGCCGCGCCUCCCCUCCUUCCUUCCCUGGGUCGGCGGCCCCGCGCCGCCGCCGCACACCUGCGAGGCCUACUUCGGCAACGGCUUCUCCCGCCGCGUGGAGGUCCUCCCCGCGCGCGGCGGGGGCGGCGGGUGGUUCCGGUGCCACCACAGCGAGACGCUGGGGAGCUCGAUCUGCGAGGGCGCGCGGGUGCGGCUCGACCCGGCGCUCAUCGCGAUGUCGCGCGGCGGGGAGCCCCUCGAGCAGGUGAUGGGACGCGCCGAGGAGGAGGAGCUGCCCAAGUACGAGCCCGGCGCGCUGCUGGUGGAGAGGCCGUCGGCGGGGAGGAUGGCACCCUUGGUGGACACAGGGUUCCUCAACAACUAUGUGCCCACCGGCGGGAUCGGGAUGCACACGAUGAGGGCGCUCCUCGAGUCGGCGCGCGUUGUGCCGCCCGGUGAGCUACACUGCUCCCAGUGGGUUGAAGAACCAACGCUUCUGGUCACUCGUUUUGAAUAUGCAAACCUUUUCCACACAAUUACAGACUGGUACAGUGCAUAUGUUAGUUCCAGAGUCACAAAUUUACCAAACCGUCCUAAUGUUGUUUUCGUGGAUGGGCAUUGCAAGGCACAAUUGGAGCAAACAUGGGAAGCACUUUUUUCAAGUGUGACAUAUGCUAAGAACUUCUCUGGUCCUGUUUGUUUCCGACGUGCCAUUCUUUCACCAUUGGGCUAUGAGACUGCCAUGUUUAAGGGGCUUAGCGAGAGCUUCAGUUGUGAAGGUGCCUCCGCUCAGUCCCUACGAGGAAAACCAGAUUAUGAUAAAACAGCAAGAUUAUCAGAAUUUGGGGAGAUGAUUGUAGCUUCUUUUGGUCUUCCACAAGAUGACAUCAUGUCAUCCAAAAAAUCAAAUGGGCUCAAUGUUCUCUUUGUUCGGAGAGAAGACUACUUGGCCCACCCACGCCACAGUGGUAAGGUUGAAUCCAGACUAAGCAAUGAGCGGGAGGUGUAUGAUGCAAUUGAUAAGUGGGCAAAAGGUCUAAAGUGCAAAGUAAAUGUCAUCAACGGUCUUUUUGCCCACAUGAACAUGAAGGAGCAACUCCGUGCUGUCCUGGAAGCUUCAGUAGUAAUAGGGGCUCAUGGGGCGGGCCUAACACACUUAGUUUCAGCUACUCCUGAUACCAAGGUUCUCGAGAUCAUCAGCAGCAUGUACCGGCGCCCACAUUUUGCUUUGAUCUCACAGUGGAAGGCUUUAGAGUACCAUGCCAUAAACCUCCCAGGGUCAUACGCACGGAUCACAGAUGUCAUCAGUGAGCUGAGUAAUAUACUGACAGGUCUUGGAUGCUGAAACAGAGGUGCUUGCCAUGAACAUCGCCAUAGGCCAUCAAUGGAUACCGUCUCUGCUUCAUACAUACUGACCACGCUAACUGCACAGCUGAAUACAAUUUUAAUUGAAGGGGAGUGUUGCACAGAUUAUUUCCACCAAUGUACCUACACCCGAUUCAUUCCCAUUUAUCAGAAGAAGAAUUUUAAGCUGCUGAAUGAAGAGCCAAGAAUAGAACCCUCUGUCCGGUAUCUGAGAGCAACUGAUGACAUGCAAUCCAACCGAGGUUGCCCACUGCAUUGUUCGCGCAAGUAUAUUAAGACCACAGGCUUAACCAAAUUGUAUUCUUUCCCGGCUUAUAGAUUCAGCAAAACUUUUGUAUGUUGUGUAUUGAGAGCUUUCCCAUUAUUCAGGUUUUGAUAACUGCCUGUUGGAACAUGGCUUAGGUUC